AUGUCAGAGGAGGAGGGUGAAAGGGAUGAAGGAGAUGUGUUCUUGGCAUUUGCCCAGGGUCCUGCUCCUCCCAGAGGUCCCUUUCUUCGGGCCCUAGAGGGAGCCUUUUUCAUUUUUCUUGCCCUCUUCCUGACAGUGCUGAUGCUUAGAGGCUGCCUACAAGUUGCUCUGACCAAUACCCUGGGCAAACCUCUGGGCUGGCUGCUUGGAACACCUCAAAGAGAAGAGGAACUGGAGCUAUAA